CUGAUACCGUGUGCUUUGGAUGCAUUUGUCCUGACCGAACACUGCUGCGACGCAGACAACAACUAUAAGAUCGCACCAAUAACCCAACCAAACUACACGUUCCUCCGUCUCCACGACAAGCUUCUCGAAAACGACGUCCUUGACCAUAUCGACCUUCACUCGGUGACACCAGCCGACCUGAACUCACGCAUAACAAACUUGGGUAAUGGGGAACGCAAAGAAUCUCGGUUGGGCGUUUAUCUGCACUGGACAAUCCCCCAAUUCUACCGCAUGGGCAGUUCUGGCGCUGGAGGUGCAACCGACCACAAGCAAAAUACCCCGGCCGCACAGGCAGAGAGGAAACGGCAACAAGGUUUCCCGUCUCGAAGUGGGGAUAAACCUUCGUCUGGGGCCAGUCCGGAUACGACAGCCCCAGAUUUUCGCCCACUGCCAAACCGAUGGCUAGUCACAAGAAGAAUAGACAAGGGUUCACUUGGCAAAGAAGGAGUAGACUAUCCAAAUGGGUUGGAUAUCAAAGACUUCGAGUCUUGGGUUGUUGAGUCGGACGCUCUCAGCAACAUUGAUGAGAUUGGGGAGCAGUACGGCUUAGACUUCGAUAUCGAGGCCCAACGAAGCCCGUUCCUCAGUGCCAUCAGUAUGACUCCAGAUAACACCGCCAUUAUCGACAGUCAAGCCGAGGUUUUCAUUGGAAAGAAAACUAAGGCUUUGGACUGGGAUUCCAAAGUGGCAGAUGGGAGCCCUCAUGUCGAUCUCCAAGUUUUGAGUUCCUCGAACCCAUUAUUUGUGGACUUUACGCACCACAACAUGAAUGUGUUCAGCAUCGUAGAUAACUUUGAAUAUACCGUUUCUAGCGGCGGGAAGGCUUCCAAGGUAUAUCUCAAAAAGGCGACCGCGGACUACAGCAUCAUCGGGUGGCAUUCUACAGCAGACAGCGACCCUCUGACAACGUAUCAAACAGAGGACCGCGAAUCAGUUCCGACCCAUUCGGAAAGACUCAGUGACUGCCGUAUGAGAGUCAAAACCAUUCCGGAUGAUGUACAGGCAUGGUUAGACUCCAAGACGCCUGCCCCCUCGCGUGUUCUCUGCCAUUGCUCCAAGUAUGGAGUCGUGUUCGACCGCGCCACGCCAAAGCCAGCUAACACAGUAUUGGCGAAUGCUGCUGGUGCUGCAAUGCUGCAUAAACAACCAAUCUCCAUAGGUGUCACGCCCAUCGAUGGUUUACUUGCAUUCUGCAAUGCCCAUAAGGACGCGAAAGACGACAAAAUGCAAGAUGUAUACCAAACACUUCUGCGUAUUCAGUUCCUGCUGCAAGAGACCGAGGACGAUGAUUUGGAUGGGCUCCAAGCUGCGGCCGACGAGAAUUACCAACAAUCGUUCCAAAAGAUUGAUAGCGGUACACAGUGGUACUUCAAGCAGCAGACAGAUCCAAAUCAGAAACCCGCAGAGGCAUCGCUGACCCAGAUUAAAGACCUCCGGACGCUGAAUCGAACACAAGCUGUGGUUGACAAUCUCUCCCGGGAAUGCACUAAGAAGCAGUGGUAUCUUUUCGCAUCCUGGUGGAAUUACGUGUCAGGCUUCAUUGAGGAUAGUAAAGGAGACAGAUACAGGAAGAGCAUCUCAGACUGGAUGGGUCGUCUGAAGCAGUUAAACCAGUGGAAAGACAUGGAAGGAGGCUGGAAUAAGCAGAUCGACAGCUUGAAAGCCAGCCUUUCAGAUCCAACUAGGGGCACCCCAGAUCGGUUCUUCCAAAAAAAAGACCCUACCAUAUUAUUCGGGAAUAUUAGCCGGGGUUGGGAUGAGGACUUUGCGGAGAAGGUUCCAGUACGAUUGCAUAGUCAAGUCGUUACCGCGAAUCCGCCAAAGUACAAAUCAGUGACAACUGGCUGGGACCGCUCUUCCGCAUACUUUCUGUCGAUUAUUCAAAAGAUUCCAAAGGAUCUUCAGGUUGGAGUGUCGGCCUUGCUAGAUGAGUUUCGUGAAUUAAACCCAUUGAACGAUGCGAACACGAAAGCAGUCGACGCUCCUCGUGUCAUUCCUUGGUAUCACGAUGAAUCGCAGAGAAUAGAUGAAAACAAUAUCAUAACAGAAGAGACAAGAGGCCGAGACCGCUGGCAGAACACACAACCAUGGCGUCCUCUAUUCCUCGAAUGGGAAGCGAACUAUUAUCAUGUCCCAUUUGAGAAAUGGAGCCUGAUCGAGCAUGAUCGCUAUUCGAACUGGGGCGCUAAAGUGGUACAUUAUGGUCCAAAUGUCGACCUAAGCAAACCUGAGAAUCAGACAACAGACGUCCGACAUGUUUCUGGCCGAAGCUAUCUUACGCCCCAAACAGCGUCCACGCUGAAGACAACGCUUACCCAGAUAUUCGCAAAUACCAAUCCGAACGAGCUCGAAGACCCCAAGAAGUACAACUUGCCUGCAGAGGCACAGGAGAAGCUCCUGAAAUUGAUAUCAGGCUUAGAGGUCGUAUCGACCCCUUUGACUGGUCUCACAUCUCAUCUUUUAACCUUGUGCGAAGGCACACAUCUCAAGCCUUUAGUCCGGCGCCCAAAUGAGACACCUCUUCCAAUUGUCACAGCACAAAAGGCCAUCACUCCGGCGUUGAAGAAUUCGGAUAACACAAUGGCUGUGGAUCCGGCGGCCCUCCUCGUGGCCAUGGACUCUGAGACUACCCUGACUCCAUAUGGGGAUAUUGCUGUCAAUACCCCUUCUCCACCAAUGAAACCUGUUACCCACGGUCAAAUGAUGUUUACAAAACUUAAUAUCAUUGACAAAUUUGGGCAGGUAGUCUGCGCUAUUGACCCCGGUCCUCGGCGCCCUGGGCCAAUUCCUACCAUUACGCCCUGUAUCUCGGAUAGCUACUUUCCUGGAACUGUUGAUGGUGCAGAUCCAAAAUUGCCUUCUACGAGAGCUAAUACAGUCAUCCCUCAGUCAACUAACGAUGCUUGUCCCCUCAUAUCUCUCCCUCCAAGCAUCAAUCAGCCAGCCAGGCUUAAUGCGCAUUUUGUAAUGAAAGACAAAGAUACUGGGGUUUGGAGGAAGGCCACAGACUGGGACCUAGACCCAGGUCCUGUCAUUGGAUGGAUGGUUGUGAAUUAUGCCAACCAGGGACUCCAGCUCUUCUUCCCAAAUGGCACAUUCUACCGCGAAGUGCGACUCGGCGGCAGACACAAGACAUCUGGUGGCUUCAAAUUUCUCCCGUUCGAUCCUCCAAUAGACAAGACUGGUGCUGGAGCAGCGACCGAGCUAGAUAAUAUUCUCACGCUACUUACUGAGCGCAACGAUCCUUCGUAUCUUCGAGGUUUCUUUGACAUGAUUAACCAAUCUAUCGAUGACAAUCAGGCUCAUGCCCCAAAAUCUUAUGCGACGUAUAGCUCGGCCAUUGUUGGGAAGCCAUUGGCCAUUGUCAAUGCAGGGUGGAGCAUGGAGUUGUCGGCAGAAGAGAACCAAAAUUGGAGUACCUUCUAUCAGGACUUUGUGGAUAAGAGCCCUCAAAAGCCAGCGCCGACCCGCACUCUUCUUGACGGGACAAAUCAACGGAAGCAGGGUGAUCUAUUAGGAUACACCUUCCCAGUUAAGUUCGGGGACAAGGAAAGGACGUUUGAUGGUCUUGUCGGCUAUUAUCCCUCCAUUCGAACAUCUACAGAAAUCGACUACAAGCAUAUCUACACCUAUUUCACCGACACCUUAAACGCUAAAAACCCUGGUAAAGACCCCCGAAUCCCCAUUUCACCCUCCAACUUCCCAAAAUUCACCCCAUACUGGAUCCCGCCAAGCGAUCCCAUAAAGCCCGCGCCGUCACACGACCCCUACCUCCAAGUCCUAACUCUAAUAAUGGAUCCUUUCCUCCCCGUCCACGCAUACAGCGCCGUCCUACCAAACAAAUCCCUCAAACUUCCCGCUUACACAGUCGAACGCGCUCUAUCCCGGAUCUCCGCAUUCUGGCAAACCGGGCCAUUACUCUCUUCCCUGGACGUCCUUCCAUAUAACUCCAGUCCGGAAGCUGCAUUGGAUGCAAAUUACAUCGACAAACUCUUGCCACCUGCUCCUGGGACGUCCGAUCCCAACACUCCAGCUCUUCCACUCGUGCAUCUCCCGCUUUCGCCGCCCGCUGCAACGCAAGGAGGUGGUGGGGCGCAAUAUCGGUACCUACAGCCGUAUUUUGUAAAAAAUAAGGAGUGGAAAGAGGGGAUGGACGUGGAUUUGAAAAUGCAGACAAGGUUUAAUGCAUAUGCGAUUGAUGGGAAUGCGGCGGCAGGGAGUGAGGCUGUUGAGGCGAAGUUAGGGAGGGGCCCGUACACAGCGGUUGAGGGGUAUUUGCAAGUUGUUAAGAGGAUUGUU